UGGCUCUUGUGUCAAUAUCCGGGGCGAUCUCCGACGCGUUGCGUCCCCGCCUGGUGAUAACCGUGCCGACGUAGUUGAGGCAACAGCCUCGUCCUCAGACUGCAAACUUCCGGGGAAUGGGCUAUUCCGCCCUCCUCUGGUGUCAGGGUCAUGGACCGCACGGCGGAUCGAUUCGCAUCCAUCUCUGGCUCUUCCUGCAUCCUGGCUCUCCUCUCCUUCUCCGCCAUCGCAGCUUCUUUUAGGUCGACCACAACAAUCUUGUUCAGAGGAUUCUGGGCAGAGUUCGCCUGCAGGAUUGGGUUGCUGAUGGCGAUUUUCGGGCCCGAUGAUUCGACUGCGGCCCCCUUUGCAAAAUCGAAAAGCCGCUUCUUUUCAGGACCAAGCCUUUCCGGUUGGCGAGCAGGUCCCAACACCGCAGUCGUGGGUACAGGGAGCGGGGCCGCCGUCUCUCUUCGGAGAAUUCCUUGCAGACCCGUAGGGAACCCGACGUCGGUCUCAUCUUUGACUCUCGGGGCCUCUCUGGGGUUGACAAAUGUGGUUGAAGACCGGAUCGCCGCCUCCUUGAGGUCUUCGUAGCGAGUCGGCGGAUAAUCCGAAUCUGAGGUCGAUAUAUCACGACUUAUGUUGAUACGCCUAGGCGACGGCGCCUCCGGUGGCCGCGACUGCGCAGUCUUUGACGGGAUCAAAGUUUCAGCACCGGUUGCCACGAAGGCUACCAAGGAAUAUUAGCAGGAUGACAACAAAUGUGAUGUGCCGACAUACCGAUCAGAACUAAUAGACCGCCGG